GGAAAUAUGUAGAGAACAUUAGUAGCAAUCUUUGUUGUUAUUUAGUGAAUUGAAAAUUAAUGAUGGACGAGUUGAAAAUGUGGUGAAAACUGUAACUGAAAUAUUCAGCGUGGGACAAAGUGAGAACGCUUAUUACUAAAUGUGAAACUUGUGGAAACGAAGAUGAACGUGAUAUAGUUUUGGUGUAAUUCGAGGACGUCUCAAUAUCCAAUAUCAAGAACUAUCAACAAAAAUAAGGCGCGUGCACAAGCAGUCAAGCGUGACAAUGUGCCUUUGCUGAUUGCCGCCAGCAUCAGAAUUUUUGUCACCAUUGCCUAAUCAUCUACAGGAGGUCUAUCAACUUACUUGAAUUCAACAAGAAUAGUGAUGAGAAGUUGCCUGCAGUGAACCGUCGAAAAUAUAAAAUAAAGACCAAAUGGAAAAGCCAGCCUAAUAAACCCGGGGUUUUGUUCUUGGCGGGAUUCCUCGAACCAUUUCGCAACAAGAACGCGACUACGUGGUCACGCCGUCACGACAGAAUAUACACAAGCCCGGAGGAAAUAUAAAUAUAACGUUGCUGUGUAAGGGGGCUUCUGUCUGCAGUCGUUGCUGGUUUAUCGUCGAGAGCGGUUGUUCUGCAUUAUUCCUGUUAGUUUUCUGCGCUGCUGGCCUUGUCUGUGUCUCUCUACCAUAUAGAGUGUUAUCGAUUAAAAUGGGAUCUAUUAGUUACACCAAGGAUGAACUGGUGGGACUGCGAGUCGUGCGAGGUCCCGACUGGGAAUGGGACACGCAGGACGGCGGUGAAGGAUUCGUCGGAACUGUCAUUGAAAUUACUGAAAAUAUUCAAAAUUUUCGGAGGGUAAAAGUGCGUUGGGAUUCAGGACAAACAUUUAUUUAUCGCAUUGGCGCCGAAGACGCUUACGAUUUACGCGUUUUGGACAAUUCAACCGUCGGAGUGAAACACCCUGGUGUCGAAUGUCGAGGGUGUGGCCAGAAAGACAUUGCUGGUUUGAGGUGGCAAUGCUUUGAUUGUUCGACGCCAUUCGAUUUGUGCACCUUUUGCUUCGCAAACGGAAAACACUAUCAACGAAACGUCUAUUUUAGGCGCUUUCAACACCCAUCAUCUGAUCCAAUCAUCGUCCAUUUAAAUUGUGAGAAGCCAAAAAUCCCAUUAAAAGGAAUUUUCUCUGGCGCAUUAGUGGGGAGAGGUUGCUAUUGGAAUUACGGUGACGAAGAUGGAGGAUCCAGUUUAUACAAUAAGCCAAACCAUCCCAUAGGUAAAGUGGUGCCGGCACCAACCGGCCGUGAGAUGAAACCGGGCAAAGUUUGGGUCCAGUGGCCGGAUGAAAUGGAUAAAUCCUACCCCUAUUGUGUGGGUUUGGAUGGGAAAAUGGAUCUGAAAAUUGCCAAGGCUGGUAUUGGUGGGCAUUAUCAGCCGGACACACUACCCGUUCUCGAGAUCUCAAAGCCGAUGGCAAACGAGAAAACAAAUGACGUAAUUACGGAUCCUGCAUUCGUCGUUGGAGACAGGGUCAAAGUUGUGGUUGGACUAGAGGAGCUAAGGGAAAUUUGGGUGGAUUACGGAAUGAAAUGGUACGAAAUGGAAGAGAUGGUUAAUGAGAUUUUGAUAAUUAAGAAGAUUCACAACGAAGAUAACACCGCGAAGUUGGUGUUAGUAAAUGAAAAUAGCACAUUAUAUGAUGUGCUAGUGGAGGGUUUUUGGCUUCCCGUAAAGGCAAUUCGCAGAUUAAUUCCGUGGCUACCAGUUGGCGCCGUGGUGCAAGCCAUCGAUCAAUCACUUUCAAGUGACAUGGACAUGGCACAUGGCGUGAGGGAAGGCGUAUUUGGACGCGUUAAGCAAGUGAAUCUCGAUGGGAAAACUGCGGAUAUGGAAUUCUUUUCAUCCGGUGGUAAUGUUAUAAAAACAGUCGAUGUCCAUCAACUGGAAGACAAACUCGUUGAUGUGUCGGUGAUCGAAAAGUUGGAAUCUAUUAGAAAAGAGUUGGCCAAGUUAUUCUUGUUGGUGGUCGAGAAAGGAUCCAUCCUUUCCGUUCAAUUCCUACUGAAAAAUUACCAAGAUAUCAUCAAUUGUCAAAGUCCUUACAAUGGAAGAAAUUCUACUGCACUCAGCGUCGCCUGCCAGAAGGGAAUUGUGGAGAUGGUCAAAUUGUUGUUGACGCACAAGGCGUCGGUGGACAUCGCUGAUGAAGAAGGUAAAGAGGAGGUUGAAAAAGGUUGCGAAUUUUGUGGCGAACCAGACGAAGACGACGAUGAAUCCAAGAAAAAAGGCAAAAAGCCCAUUCACCACGCUGUUAUCAGAAAUCAUCCGGAAGUAUUGCGACUGUUGCUGGGAAACGGGGAUUCACCAAAUGAUAUCAGUUGUUUUGAUUACACUCCACUUCACUUGGCAGCCUCGAAAGGACACGUUGAAUGUGUUCGAGUGUUACUGGAAGACGAGCGAUGUGAUCUAGAACUUAAAGAUUGUUGUGGAGACACAGCCUUCCGAUUGGCCGUCAAGUCUUCUGUACAAUCUGUGGAAUUGUUCAACUUGUUCCGCGCCACCGGCAAGUUGAACAUAAUUGAAAAAGAUCUUUGGGGGAAAAAUCUUCUUCACUUGGCCGCAGAACAUAAUAAUUUUGGAGCGAAAAAGUUUUUAUUGAGUUUUCCGGAGGGAAUGAAAUUGGCAGGGGAGUUUGAAGAGUGUGGUAGCCAGACGCCGCUAAAUGAGGCCUGCAGCUAUGGUCAUAAUCAGAUCGCCAAGCUAAUGGUGUCUUACUUGGAUAAAAUCGUAGACGGUAAACUUCCGUGGGGAAUUGAUACACCAAACUACAAGGAAAGACACCCUUGAAGACACCGUUGAUGAUUGUCGUGGAGGAGUUUAACUACGAAUUGAUUGAACUCCUGAUCGGAGCCGGUGCAAACCUCCAAGCUAAAGAUAAAAAGGGCGAUACUUCAUUUCAUUAUGCUGCGCGUUUGUACCGAGAAAAGGUAACGACCUUUAAAGGAACAAAAAGGGGAGAAACGAAUUUUAUUAGUUGGCCAAAUCAGGAAAUUGCCCCUGCAAUCUUCAAGAUUUACAAUGAAUUGAAAACGAAACAUCCUGAUGAGAAUCUACCUCCCAUCGCUGCCAUCAUCUAUUACCUCGUCAUUAACGGAGGAAUUCCCCAUAAUUUGACGUUACCUGAAAUUACAAAUGUCAUUGGCGACGACUUCCUCUACGGCGAAAUAACCCAAAUUUUGCCUUUUCCUAAUGUGGAUUCUCAAAACUAAUGCGGCCACAUCAGACAUCACUUAUCAAAUAUUCUUAUUCUUCCAGGCUGUGAAGCAAAUUAACAUUUAAACAUAUCCGCUUCCAUACACGGCAACAUUCGCGUCCAUUAAAAAUUGACGCACGGAUAUUAUUUCAUUAUUUGAAAAAUUUAUUUGCACAAGUGCCAUCAUGAGUUCCAUGUAUUUGACGAUUUGACGACGGAAUAAAAAGAAGUGGCCAA